AUGCAAAAAAAUACAAGUGCUUUACACCAAAUUUUUUUUUAGUUCUUUUCUGUUCCAGAUUCUUUUUACUCUGUGUCUCUUCUUCUUCGGACAUUUAUUCAGUCGCCGCAACCCUUACCAAACCGAGCCCUGUUAUCAGCAAGUAUGAAAAUAACUGAGUUUGAGCAUCCUAACCACCCUGAUCACAUUCUGAUGCUAAAAUCUUCCGAUGUACCUUACAAAUGUGACGGAUGCAAAGAGCUAGGGUUUGGUCCAUGUUUCAAGUGCGAAGACUGCAACUUCCACCUCCAUGAGGAAUGUGCACUGGCUUCCAAAUCGUCCUACCACCCAUUGUUAAAAAGAUGUGAGCUCAGAUUUUGUGAGGAAACAUAUGGAGGUAGAUACUGUGAUGCAUGUGGGAAAGAUGUGAUGGGUUUUGUGUACCAAUGCACACAUGACAAUGCUCAUGACCUACAUCCAUGUUGUCUUAAACUUCAACGUAUAAUCAUUGGUGAUGGUUUUGAGUUACGUCUUUCUGAUAAGGUUCCUUCGAAAUGCCUUAAAUGUAAUAGCAAGGAAAUUUCAAGAGGGAUUAAGGGUUGGUCCUACGUUUCCUCUUGUGGAGAAUAUUGUUACCACGUUGCUUGUGUGAAGGACUUAGUUCUGGAAAAUUGGAGAAAUGGAUAUUUUAAUGGAGACAAUGACAAUAUUAGUGCUCAAACAAGCAACUUGGCGUUGUUGCAAAUUGCUAGUCCAUCCAAUGAGGUAGCACAGAGAGGAGAUCGGCUUGGGAGUAAAGCUAAAAAGUUUUGGAGGAUAGCAAAAAUGGUUCUCAAGCUUAUUAUUUCCGCCAUUUUUGGUGAUCCAACUGGCGGGAUUGCCAUUAUUGUUGAAGCUUUGGUUUCUUCGACUAGUGCAUGAGUUUGAGUGCAAGACGAGGACAAAAUAUAUUUUUGCUUUUGUUCUUCUUGUUUUUGUUUGUUUGCUAUGAAAAGGAUAUAAGGCAUUUGCUUGUGUUUAUUACAUGUAAUGUAAAAUAUUGAUAAGUUGUUCUUCUUUGUAAAGACAAAGACGUACAUGUACAUAAAUAUGAUGUAUCUGUUCCAUAUUGUAUAAAGUCAAUAUAUAUAUAGCUGUGUUGUGUGUA